GUUUGUCAGUGUUGUCAAUAUCAUUGUCGAGCGUGGUACUGCGCUCGGUAAACGCGAGGUAUUGAUUACGGUAGCUCGUGCUCCGGGUUGCUCAUUGUCAGGCACAAAGGCAUCGAUCGUGGCAUUUCGUUUGUCCCUGAAUUACAAGUACGUAAUUCCGUGACGCAAAGAGCAGUCGCCCUAUUUACGGGGGUGGCUUCGAAAUAAGUUCCGUACUACGGAUACCUUGAUUCAGUGGAGUGGGUGACAUUGAGCCAUGGACAUCAGACUCUUACUGUUAGCCCUGGGGGUCAUCGGGGCGAUGGUGGCCGCGGUCGCAUCGAGGCUUGGAUUCCCCGGGUUCAACAAGAUCGCCCAGAUUUUCCUGGCCCUGGUGUUGCUUCCGGUGCUUUGCAGAUUCCAUCGAAAGCUGUACAUCAUCUGUAAGAUGCUGCCACGCGAUCUCAGAUUGAUAUACCGUGCCAUUAAGUCUGAACUCGAAAUGAAGGUUCUAUCUAGGAAAAACAUGAGCGUGACGAAGGCAUUUUUGAAGAGAGUGGAACGUUAUCCUAACAAGACUUGCUUCAUCGUCCAGGAUCAAGUUUGGUCGAACUAUGAUGUGAACAAAUACGCCAACCAAAUAGCGUCCGUCUUUCAAAAGGCUGGAUAUGUUAAAGGGGAUGCUGUGGCUUUGAUGAUGCCGAGCAGGGCAGAGUAUGCCGCGAUAUGGCUAGGCCUGGCAAAACUCGGUGUCGUUACGGCUCUAAUCAACACGAAUUUACGACUUCAGUCUUUGAUCCAUUGUCUUCGCAUCGCCGAAGUGAAGAGUAUCAUUUACGUCGAGGAAUACACGUCUGCCAUCGAUGACAUUAAGGACUCGAUUCACGGUAUCGCCAGAUACAAAUUGUACAACAAACCAGGGGCGAGCGAGGAUGGUGUACAUAAUCUGAAUGAACUUCUAUCCGAAGCCAGCACCAAGGAACCGGUGGUGAAAGAAGAAAUUGGCUACAGAGACAAGCUGAUAUACAUUUACACAAGCGGCACAACUGGUUUGCCAAAAGUGGUGAUCGUUCCCCAUUCCAGGUUCUUACUGACCGUAUUGCCGUAUAAUUUGAUGGGGUUGAAUUCGAAGGAUAUCCUGUAUAAUCCAAAUCCAUUGUAUCACACAGCUGGCGGUAUGUUGGGAAUAGGUUUCGCGCUUCUGAAAGGUAUACCAACCGUCUUGAGAAGCAAGUUUUCAGUGACAUCUUAUUGGACUGACUGCAUCAAACAUAAAUGUACCGCAGCACAAUACGUUGGUGAGAUGUGCCGUUACCUGCUAAAUGCACCACCUCGACCGACGGACAGCGCACACUGUUUAAGAAUUAUGUUUGGAAAUGGCAUGAGGCCACAAAUUUGGAGCGACUUCGUUAAACGCUUCAAAGUUGGUCGGAUUACGGAGUUCUACGGGUCGAGCGAAGGAAACGCUAAUAUUCUGAAUGUGGAUGGUCAAACUGGUGCUGUUGGUUUCUUACCACUGAUCAUACCCAGGUCGCUUCAUCCUGUGACAAUUAUUCGAAUAAAUAGUGAGACAUACGAACCAGUUAGAAACGCAAAAGGGUUUUGCAUAAGAGCUGAUAUAAAUGAACCGGGAAUGUGCAUAGGAUUGAUAAAAGAAGGAAACGCGUCGAGAGAAUUCACUGGAUAUUUAGACAAAGAAGCGUCGAAAAAGAAAAUAAUAGAAAAUGUAUUUGUUAAAGGCGAUAAAGCCUUCCUAACAAGUGACAUUUUGAUACAAGAUGAGUACGGUUACGUUUACUUUAAAGACAGAGUAGGAGACUCAUUUAGGUGGAAAGGUGAAAAUGUUGCUACUGCCGAAGUGGAGGGUGUUCUAAGUAAUAUUGCAGGAUAUCGAGAUGCUACUGUCUAUGGUGUUGAGGUGCCUGGAAUGGAAGGAAGAGCAGGCAUGGCAGCAAUUGUCGAUCCAGAAAAUUUGUUAGAUCUUAAAGCACUUGGGGAAGGCUUGGAAAAAGCUCUCCCAGCUUAUGCAAGACCAAUUUUCUUAAGAAUUGUGAAAGAAAUUGAAAUGACAGGAACAUACAAAUUAAAGAAAUUAGACCUUCAAAGAGAAGGGUUUGAUCCAAACAAAAUAAAAGAUGAAAUGUAUUUCCUUGCUGGAAACAAAUACAUCGAAAUUACACCAGAACUCUAUCAAGAGAUCAUAUCUGGGUCAAGGAAAUUCUAGUCACUGUAUUAAUGCUUUACGAAUAAUGACUAAGCGUUGAAAAUAUUUUUAAAAAAUUAGACGUAUAAUUCUUUUUAUAACAUGAACAUGACUUUGUGCACGCGCCUUGUAGAUACAACGCAUAGGGUUUUAUAAUCCAACAUAUACCAUAGAAAUUAGGUGAAUGUUAUUUUUAUGGAAGCUCAAGGAAAGCUUGUGUAGUAUGGGACUUCUGUCACAAAAAGACAAUUCGGUUUUGCCAAUAGUCACAUUAAAGCGAACGAAUAUGGUGACAUGUUCCUGUAUAUUUUAUAAAUACUGUGUACAUUUUUAAAUGAAUGAAUGAAGUGUAGUAUAAGAAAGAUUGGCAUUGUAGAUAGAAAAGUAGUUCAAAUAAAAUCUUACUUAAUAUGUAACAUUGAUUUUCUAUGGGAGAAACCUUAUUUAUUGGAAAUCAAGAGGAUACGAAUCUUCUUAUAUUUGUAUAUGAUAACGGAGAAAUAAAAUUCGCGAAAUUUUGUUCUAUGUGUGAUUAUUAAAGUAAAUAAAUUAAUAGUGUUACAUUUCAGGAAUUUAAUUAAAUGUAAAUAUCUAUAUUAUAUUUAAUUAAUUUAUUUCAAUUUACAUUUGUUUCAUUCAUUUUUACAAUUGCAUUAUAUAUAGAAUCAAUUAUGCAAAAUUAUGAACGGAAUUUAAGCAAUUCAAAUAAUCACAGUCUGGAAAUAUAUGUUCAAUGAAAUUUAACAUAAUAAAUUAUUAAUUAUUUUAAUAUUAGUAAAAUAAAAAUAUUUUCCGCUAUUAUUCGUAAGUCAAGUAAUACACAAUUGUAUAUAUUAUAAAUCUAUCAUGAAUACCAAAUAAUAUUCAAAGAACUAAAUUUCCCUUUUGCAUCUAAAACAAUUGAUAGAUUAUAGUAGUUGACAGAUUUGUGUACUUAACCUUUUAUGUCACUAAUGCAGUACAUAUUUGUAGAUUGCUUACCCUCAAUUUCAAUAAUGAUGUAAAUAGUCACUUAGCAAGUAAAAAAUUCCAAAUAAAAAAUAAUUUUAAGAUGUAGUAAACAGGAGGUAUUAAUGAAUGCGAUCUCCUAUCCAGAUUUGACUUUUAUAAUCUCAUAUAUAGAUCUACUUGUCCAAAUAUCAUUUUGCGAAGAUAAAUGAAAGAUGAAACCAAAAUUAGAAUUUAUCAAAUACGAUUUAUUCUGUAAAGAUUACAUAAAUUAAGAAAUAUAGGGAAAACAAAUUUUAUAAAA